UGAUCUACCAUGCACCACAAAUGACAAAAGAUCUGAGAAACAUUGGAAAGAUCACAGAACAAGGAGUUGAAUCUGUCCACGCGAUUUUCAAUGCACUUGAGAGGAGAUUUUGCAAUUACCGGGACAAGAAAAGACGUUACAUCCAUGUUCUGAGAGAGCUCAUGUGUCGUAACAUCAUGAAUGAACACGUCCAUUCCCGGUCUUUCCAUCGUACCAAAAUAUGCAACAGUUCUGCCAAUUUCUUCGCAAAAUGAUCUUCGGGACCCAAAAGCAGUUAUACGGGACGUCACGGCUGCCCAAAAAAGAAAAAAUUUAGCGAAAAAAAAAAAUCAAUUUUCGCUCCAAGAAAAGGCUUCCACAAUCGACAAAAUCUCGAAAUGCUGUGCCCGACUUCUCACAAAACGUACAAACUUCUAUUUCAUUUGGAGGCAAUUCGACGAAAAUUGGAUUCCGUGGUCUACCGAGCAAUGCUCUUUCUCGUCCGAACCCGAUGCCAAUCACACAAACUUGCUCAACAAGCCAGCAAAUCACUAGAAGCCAUCCACUUGUUGCUCCACCAGUAUCUUAUCAACUUCCGAAAUGCAGUAAUAGUUUAGCUGAAAAAAUUCGAGCGAGUUGUGGGCAAGCAAGAAGGAGUGCUGCAGAAUCUUCUUCGACUCAAAGCCACGUGGACACAAAUUCGAAGAAGAAAGUUUACAGACUAAAAUUCGUUCAAAAAAGUCGUGAAAUUCCGAAGAAAUAGUAAUAUAUCGAUUUUCUGUUUAAAUAUUUAUGAUUUCUAAUAUUUUUAUUUUAAUGCUUCAUUUAAAAUGACCGAAAAAUAAAGAAUAGAUUUUCAAAA